AUGGAAGAUUUAGUUGGCCGCCAUCCAAAAGCAUGUUUAACCUGCGCUAAGGCUAAAGUUCGAUGUUCACCAGAGGCCAAUGGGCCGUGUCAGCGUUGCCGCCGCUUGGGUAAAGAAUGCGGCAAUCAACUACCAGGGGCUCAUCGGCGCUCAAAACAAUCAGGAACAAAUGGCUCCGAUGUCGCUAUAUUGGAAGCCAAGCUGGACCGCAUGGUCGCUAUGCUGUCCGCCCGAGAACGGCUAGAGGCUGGUUCAGCUCCAAGAUCAUGUUCUGGUAGGGAAGAAAGUGUCGCGUCUCCCAGUGAUGUCGACGGCCAGCUAUUGAUGGAAGUGUUCAUGAAUAGAAUGCUGCCUCUCUUUCCUUUCCUGGUGAUCCCCACGCAUGUCACCGCGGAAGACCUGCGUCGAGACAAACCAUUUCUGUAUAUGAAUAUUUCAAUGAUUGCAUGUCCGAAUGCUCCACAUCAACGCAAAAUCGCUGAUGCAGUGCAAGAAUAUGUAGCAGAGCACAUCAUCAUCAAAGGAGAACAGAGUCUGGAUCUACUCCAGGGUCUUCUUCUCAAUGUGACCUGGUUCACCACCGUCAGCCGUUUCCCACGGGGUGCUGCUUUCUCUGACACCAAUCCUGACGUGCUCAGAUACGAGACAGAUGCUCGCCAUGUUAGCCGAAACAUUGCUCAGAUUGAUAAUUUUGUGCACCUUCUUGUGGCUCAGUCAGUGAGCUUGGGUUUAAACCAGAUUCCAACCUACCAGAAAAACCUCAACUAUCCGUUGACUUAUAUAAGAGAAACCAUACACGGGGACAAUCACAAUCCUACACGCACAUUGGAAGAGCGACGAGCUUACCUUGGGUGCUACUAUAUGACUACGAUGCUCUCUGCGUGUGCGAAAGACUUGGGUACAAUUAUUCGCUUUACAAAAUAUACCGAAGAUUGCUGCGAUGUUCUGGAACAGGCUGCAGAAUAUCCCUCCGAUGGUUAUUUGGUUCAAUUGGUUCGAGUAAUGAAUCUUGCAGAAAAGAUUCACAACACUAUGUAUCGAACCGAACUUUAUUUUUCAUCUGCUCCAUCUCCGCCUCUUGAACUGAGCAUACGAUGGCUCGAAGCUGAACUUAAACAACUCAAAGCUCGAAUGCCUUACGAGGAACCAUACUCGACCAUUCUCUCAUUCCACUACAACACGCUGGAAAUUCACCUUUACCGAGUUGCCCUGAGUCCAAAUCAGUCCGAAUCUCACUACGGCGACUAUCCUCUAGCGAGAUUAGAUCUCCUGUUCCGGGCACUGGAAGCAACAACUUCGUUCUUCAGAAACAUGUACUCUCUUCCCGCCUCCCUUUUCCCUUAUUUUCCAUUCACUGUCAUGAGUCAAUUCGGAAAGGCGAUGAUCACCCUUUCCCAACUCUCCCUUCACAACCAUGCAGGCUGGGACCGAACCUACGUGGAAAACACGAUAGACUUCAACCAGGUGAUCAACACUAUGGGAGAAAAGCUUAAAGAAAGCCGACCAUUCUUCGAACAGGUUCUAAAAAAAGAGUCUGGUCCAGCGGAGCUGCCUGAGAUUUUUGAAAGAAUGGUCCUUCGAGGGAACGUGAUAAAGCAAAUGCAUCAGAAGAGGAAAGACGCUCUAGAGCAGACCACGCCCUCGGCAACUUUGGAUCCCAUGGAUUACGACUUCAUGAUGAAUGCGCCUUUCGAUAUUUUAUUUCCCUUCGGUGAGAUGCCGAUCUAUACGCAAAAUGUUUAA